AUGGAACCUCGCCGCACAUCAAGCGUAUACUCCGACACCUUCGAGCUUGAUGACCUGCUUUUAAGGCUUACAAAGCAGGCUGAAGAGCAGCAGGACAUGGUCAUCGACAUCUUGCGGCAGGAGGCUAUGGCACUCUAUCGCGAGCUCAGGGCGAUGUGGCAGCUACGGGAAGUCAUUGUCGGCUUCGUACGUGAGCUUGUGGAUCUGAUCGAUCAGCUGGAAGAGCUGCUCAGAAAAUCUCGGUCGUACAUGGAGCAGAGAAGAGCGGACUACCUGGCCAAUUUUUCGGAUAUAAGAAUGCACAAUUCUAUCAGCCUCGAGAAGACCGAAGUAGCCGGUGACGAGAGAAGCCCUGGUGCAAGGGGCCAGAGCCUCUUCGAGAACCUGGAAUUCUUCGCUCACGUUUCUGAAUUGGUGACCAUGAAGGACGGCGACUACUUCCCUGCCAAGCACGACAAUAACGAGCAGUUCAAGAACUAUGCCGUGUCUAGAUAUGAUCAGAUGGUGUUGGAGAACAACAAGGAGAUAGACUGGUGGUGGUCUCUUCUGGCAAAGAUCUUCUCGUGGCUCUUGCUGGCGGGCUACAUCGUGUUCUCCUCUACUCCUACGCUGGCAAACUCGCUGAUUGGAUUUCUGUCCACCAUUUUGAACCUUUACACGGUUCACGGAGGCCAAUGGUCGGCGACGUCGAUAGCUAUAACAUCAGUGACAGGCGUGGCUUCUCGUCUCAUGCGCUUUGUGCGGAGUGUACCAGUAUUUGUUGGAUGGCCUGCGCCAUAUGCCGGAGUGAUCUGACGUCUUGUAUGUAUCUCCCUCAGAACACACAGGAGAUCCAGGGGCCCACCCGAAAAAGCAAAACAUGCAUUGGGUAGUUAAAGCUAGAUACAUAGUGUAGGCCAGCUAGCAACUCACUUGAAUUGUGCACUAUCUCACAUGCGCACGGAAUAGCUGAAUGCUCAUUACCCUUCAUCGCGAUGGAUUUCUGCC